AUGGCCUUCACGGAGAGCCUCCAUUGGAGCAGCACCAUCAUACAGGUGCGUUCGAAAAACUAUCUCAAUCGUCCCCGGCUUCGUAAUCCCGUGUGGUUCGCGAAAAAGACACGCACGCUACACAAUGAACAAUUUACCGCAGACAAUACAGCCUUCCUGAAUGAAGUAAAGCGGGAAAUCAUACUGACAGCUUCUCAGCGUAGUCAGGCAACAUUGCUAAACAUAACGCACGGUGAACAAAGCGGGCAGCUGGCCCAGUGGAGUCCGGGGUUGAAGCGUACCGGUGUGAUUGCGAAAAAGAUUGGACAGUACCCGAUGUGGACGAAAGAUGGACAGAAAAUACGUACCACAUUGCUGCAGAUAAUCGAAAACGAGGUGGUGAAGUAUAUUCCGCCGGAAGAGUACCGACCGGCACAGGAACCACGCCAAAGCCGCAACUGGCGCAAACCGUACGGUUGUCUGUUGGUCGGCGCGGAACACGGUGAUCCAUCGCUCUUCACCAAAGAGUACGCCGGCCUGUUCCUAAAGUCAGGCGUACUGCCGAAGAAGCAUUUGUGCCGGUUUAUCAUCUCACCGGAAGCUCAGCUGCCGACCGGUACCGCGCUGACCGUGAAUCAUUUCCGCGUCGGAGACUAUGUGGACGUACGGGGUCAUACCGUGGACCGGGGAUUCCAGGGUGUGGUGAAACGCCACGGAUUCAAGGGUAUGCCAAAGUCGCACGGUGUCACCAAGACGCAUCGGCGGCCGGGUAACAUCGGCGCUGGUGGUAAUAAGGCACGUGUGUGGCCUGGUACACGUCUGCCAGGGCAUAUGGGGAACAGGUGGCGCGUGUUGCGCGGUCUGCGAAUUCUACGCAUCAACCCGCAGUACAACGUGAUGUGGGUGAUGGGCAGCAACAUUGCAGGCAAUACGAAUGGGAUCGUGUACAUCUACGAUACAAUACUUCCGUUGCGGCAGCACGGUUCGAAAGGUGGACCAGCCGGUACACCACCGUUCCCGACUGCGCUCGAACCCAUGCCGGCAAACAGCGGUGACGUUUGGCUGGAUGAGCUGCACGAUUUCCGCAAGCUGUCAAUCACGUACAGUACAGGCAAUGAAUAG